CUUCUCCUCAAUCAUUUCGGCCAGCAUCCCUCCACCAAGAGCAAGGAAGCUCUCAAACAUCUCACCAUUGUUGAAGGAAGCUCCACCAAGAAGGAAGCUCUAGGAAAAAGUAUAAGCUCCAAAAGUGUACAAAACUUGAGGAAAGGCUAGGAACUUGAUUUAGAGUAUCUUUGAGCUUCGCCGGAGUUUCGCCGGAGUUGGUCAAAGUUGGCCGGAGUUGGUCAAAGUUCGCCAAAGUUCAACCGUGAAGUGUAGAACGCGCUUAAGCUCACUUAAGUUUCAGGUCGGGAUUAAAGCUUGCCGCUACCGCCCGUUGUAUCGGAGAAUUCAAGAGAAGAAGACGUGGUUCGUGCUUCUUCUGUUUCUGUUUUGAAAACGAUUUAAACCAUGCUCAUGGAUAUUAUUUUUCUUUAAUAUGUAUUUAGGGCUUGUAUGCCCAUGUUGCCAAAGUGUGGCGUGCACUUUGUAUUGAAUAUUUCCGCUGCUUUAAAUGAUUAUUUUACAUUAUGUUGUUUAUGGAUGUACUAUGUGUGAAUGGUAUUCAAGACGCCUAGUAUAGUAUGGAUGAGUUGGACUGCGGUUGACUAUUCGUACUGUACGGCGGGUUGUUGACGUGUCCGGUAGGUCCGGGGCGUGACAAUUUAAUUGGUAUCAGAGCCUUAGUCCGUAAACUUCAUAAUGAAGCUUCAAAAUUCCUUUUGAAAAAAAAAAAAAUUUGAAAACCAUGAGCAUAAAGUUUUGUACUUAUAGAACUUUUGAUACUUGAGUUGCAAAGUCUCUAAUUGUUAAGAUGGUACCCUUAACAAUUGGCAUGGCGGUGAUUUGAGCCAAAAGAUGUCCCUAAGUACCUAUCCGUCACUUGACAUUUGAUACGAGUCUAACGGCUCAUUCUAAACUUCUUUCAGAAAUGGAGCCAAUUGGAAGGAUCACGAGGAGGAACCCGAUGGGCCGUGUACCGGGUGGGUCCGAACGCGGCAGUCGGGGGUCCACUAGGGUGUCCAGGGGAAGGGGCCGUGGAGGCCAACAACAAACCGUGAGCGAUGGCCACGUGGACACUGAGAGUGAGACUUAUUGGUCCUAUGAGGACUCAACCUAUAGGCCGGAAACCGAGCCGGUGGAGACCCCAUAUGAUGGGGAAGAUGACGAUGUAAGUGAAGAGAGUGAAGACGAUGGCACUCUUGGGAGGAUCGAGGCGCUGCUCCAACAAUACCACCGGGAGCGCGAAGAGAGGAGACAACGCCGAAGGCGCCGAACGGGGCAACCUUCGGGCAUGGCUUCGAGAGGAGGAAGCCAAGGGGCUUCUAGAGUCCAUGUUGAACCACAUGGAGGCCAAAAUGUGGGAGGUCCAACCAUAAGGAUCUCCAAAUUUAUCAAAGAAGCACGAGAUUUGGGGUGUAAACCGUUUGAUGGAACGGGAGACAUCUCCGUUGCGGCCGAAUGGAUCAAAAGAUUCAACGAGGCGGCCCUUGACAUGCAGCUGCCACCCAUCAUGAAACUGAGAGUGGCAACAAGAUUGCUCGAAGGCAUGGCGUCCACGUGGUGGGACGGGGUCAAAGGGAAAUACGGCGAAGCCGUCACAUGGGAGAACUUUCGGCAGGAGUUCUUCAACCAAUACUACUCCGACUUCGAGGUAAACAUGAAGAGGAGGGAGUAUACGAACUUGACGCAGGGAGGCGCAUGUACGGUGAAGGAACUUGAGCACAAGUUUAGAAAGCUUGCCGAAUUCAUACCGGAGUACAUAUGUGAUGAGAACCGGAUGGUGAACCACUUCUGGGAUGCCUUAGACCUUGACAUACGCGAG